AGAACCAACUUCAACAUGCGUUGCUUCUUACUGUUCAUCACAAGUUUCAUUCUUCUUCAUGUUCAACAAUCUACACAAGAUGACCUAAAGACUACUAUGAUGAAAAGAACUUUAAUACAAAGUAAAUUACAAAUAAAUGCAGAAAAUUUGAAGAAGAACAAUGCGACAUUGACUAAUCUAACCAAAGCAUUACAAGAACGAAUAGGAAACAUCAAUAAUAAACUGUCACCUGACGGGUUGUCCAUUGAUGAAUAUGUUGCCUGUAUAAGAAACUUGAUGGAAGCAGAAACUGGAGUCGGACUUAUGGAGAGUCUGAUUGAAGCUAUUGAGAGCGAAAAGAAGAAUUUCGGAUUUACUAAUAGUUACAUAGCGAAAAUGAAACAGUGCUUUCAGAUUAAGAUAAAGAAAUAUGAAGGAAUGGCCGAAAGUUAUGCAUGGGAAAUUUGCUCACUUAUUCAGCCGGAAGUCUUCCAUCAGGAAAUUGAAGAAAUUACCAAUCUGAUGGGUGAACUGUAUGCUGAAAUCAAAACACAAGCGGAGACUGUAUUUCAAAGGAAAUUAUACACAGAUCAAAUGAACUGGAGCAAUUGACACCAGAAGGAUAACUGCAUCAUUUAGGAAUUAUUGUCUCUUCUAAUCACCCAAUGACUUUUCAGAGAAAUCAGUGUCGAGCGAUUAGUUAUCACCUUAAAAAUAAACACAUUCAUUGACUUUUAUUAUUAUUAAUGUCGAUAAUAAUUUCACUUAAACUGUUCCAUUCUUCUUGAAUAUUGCUGUUUUAAUUCAUUGUGUAA